AAAAUAAACCUUUAUAAUAAUUAUUAUAUUAAAUAUAAUUAUAAUAAUAAUAAAUUAUAUAAUUAUAAUAAAUUAUAUAAUAAUAAUAAUUCUAAAAGAUAUAUUAAUAAUAAUAAAUUAUAUAUUAUAAAUAUAAAAAGAUAUAUAAGUUUAUAUAAUAAAGAUAAAUUAUAUAUUAUAAAUAUAAAAAGAGAUAUAAGUUUAUAUAAUAAAGAUAAAUUAGGACCUUAUUUAUCAGGUUUAAUUGAAGGAAAUGGUACUAUUUGAGUACCAGAAUAUAAUAAUAAACUUAAGCCUUUAAUUAAUAUUAUUUUUCAUAUUAUAAAUAAACCUUUAGCUGAUUAUUUAUGUAAUAUAUUAAAUAUUGGUAAAGUUUAUGAUAGAAGUAAUAAAGGUAAAUAUUGUAUUUGACAAUUACUUAAAAUUGAAGAUUUAUAUAUUUUUAUUAAUUUAAUUAAUGGUUAUUUAAGAACUCCUAAAUAUGAAACUUUAAUUAAAUUAAUUAAUUGAAUAAAUAUAUAUAUUGAUAAUAAUAAAUUAAAUAAUAAUAAUAAUAAUAUUAAUUAUAUUAAAUAUAAAUCUAUUGAUAAUUCAUUAUUAAUAAAUAAUGGUUGAUUAUCAGGUUUUAGUGAUAUAAAUAGUAAUUUUAUUAUAAUAAUAAAUAAAAAAAGAACUAAUAAUAUAAUUAAAUUAAAUUAUAAUUUAGAAAUUAAACAAUUAUAUAAAAAUAAUAAUAAUAAUUUUAAUUAUUAUAAUUUAAUAAUAAAUAUUGCUAAUUUAUUUAAUAAUAAUUUAUUAAUUAAAAUAAAAAAUAUAAAAUUAAAAAAUAAUAAUUAUAAACUUUAUUAUUUAUAUAAUAUUUCAAUUAAUAAUAAUAUAAAUAAUUUAUUAUUAGUUAAUAAUUAUUAUAUAAAAUAUCCUUUAUUAUCUAUUAAAUAUUUAAAUUAUAUAAAUUGAUCUAAUUUAUUAUUAAAUAUUCAUAAUAAUAAUAAUUCUUUUCUUAAUAUUAAUAGUAUUAAUUUAUAUAAUAAAUUAAUUAUUAAUAAUAAUAAUAUUAAUAGAAUUAUUAAUAAUUAUAAUUGAAAACAUUUAAAUAAUAAUUAUUAUAUAAAAUAG